AUGGCGGCCCCUGGCUCCCGGUGGUCGCUGCUCCUGUUGCGGUUGGCAGGCCUUGCACACGGUACCUCAGCAUUGUUUGUGGUGAAAGACAGCAAUGGCACAGCUUGUACAAUGGCCAGCUUCUCUGCCUCCUUCUUCACCAUCUAUGAGACUGGACAUGGUUCUCAGAACUCAACCUUUGAACUGCCGUCCUCUGCAGAAGUACUGAUCAGCAACAGUUCUUGUGGUAGAGAAAAUGCUUCUGAACCCAUCCUCACAAUUGCUUUUGGAAGUGGAUAUUUAUUGACGCUCAAUUUCACAAGAAAUGCAACACGUUACCGUGUCCAGCACAUGUAUUUUGCUUAUAACUUGUCAGACACUCAACAUUUCCUGAAUGCCAGCGACAAGGGGAUCCACUCUGUGGACUCCUCAACUGACAUCAAGGCAGACAUCAGCAAAACAUACCGGUGUUUGAGUGCUCUCCAGGUCCACAUGGGCAAUGUGACCAUCACGCUCAGUGAUGCCACUAUCCAGGCCUACCUGUCGAAUAGCAACUUCAGCAAGGAAGAGACACGCUGCACGCAGGAUGGACCUUCCCCGACCACUGUGCCGCCUAGCCCCUCACCACCACGUGUGCCCACAAACCCCAUUGUGAUUAAGUACAGUGUGACUGGUGAAGAUGGAACCUGCCUGCUUGCCUCUAUGACCCUGCAGAUGAACGUGAAGGACAACAUGACUGUGACCAGAGCAUUGAACAUCAGCCCAAAUGACACAGCUAGUGGGAGCUGCAGGCCUCAUGUGGUGAUCUUGACAGUGGAGAGCAGAAACAGUAUCCUGGAUUUGAAGUUUGGGAUGAAUGGCAGUUCUAGCCUGUUUUUCCUACAAGAAGUCCAGUUGAACAUGACUCUUCUCGAUGCCAAUGUGUCGUCACUCAUCACCUCCAACCAAUCACUGAGAGCUCUUCAGGCCACGGUCGGGAACUCCUACAAGUGCAACACCGAGGAGCACAUCUAUGUCACCAAGGAGUUUUCCCUCAAUGUCUUCAGCGUUCAGGUCCAGGCUUUCAAGGUUGAAAGUGACAGGUUUGGGUCUGUGGAAGAGUGUAUGCAGGAUGGUAACAACAUACUGAGCCCCAUUGCUGUGGGUGGUGCCCUGGCAGGGCUCGUCCUCAACCUCCUUAUCGCCUACCUCAUCAGCAGGAAGAGGAGUCAUGCCGGCUACCAGACCUUCUAG